AUAAAAUGUUGACAUCCGUAAAUGCCGUGAUGUCAACAACAUCGCCUUCAUCGCCGUCAUCACCGUCAUCGUCGUUGUCGUCGUCGUCGUUAUCAUCACAAAGCUCCUCCUCCUCCAACACCACCACCACCACCAUGAGCACCACGGCAUCAGCAGCAGCAACCCACCUCACCGCUCCCUCCCAGCCAGCAGUGUCGUCUUCCUCUCCCUCCCCGGGCGGAAGUGGCACGCUGGCGGCCACCUCAACCACCUCACCGUCGGCACCGGCACUCGCAGCAGCACUGCUCCUGACAUCCUCACCAGCAUCAUCACCGUCGUCGUCGUCCUCCUCGAACCGGUCGACCAGCACCACCACCACUACUACUACUUCAUCGCAUUGCCAUGGCUACCAGCAGCUGCUACCAUUAUCCUUAGCCGCUUCGCCCUCGCCGGCCCUGGUACAGUCGUCCACGGUGGCAGCUUCGAACAGCGGUUCGGCCUCCCUGUUGAUCAAUCAUCUUACGAGCAGCAGCAAACCGACGCCGUCAUCACCGCCCGGCGCCGCUGUCCCAGCGUCGCCCUCCUCCAGCCCGUCAUCGUCAUCGGUCGGAUCCGGCGGAAGGGUUGAAGCUGCAAAACCGUCGACGACGGUUCGCACUGAGGAGACGGUCGGCGGUAAACGGCAGGCUCCGCUGGUACUGGUGGCAUCGGCGACCACGCCCAGGAAGACAAAACUGAGCCACAGCAGCGGCCACUCCUCUGCCCUCGUCGGUGGACGUGGCGGCGGUGCCGUUGCGGAUGGCGACCCUGCCUGUCCGAAGGUAGCGCUAGCGUCGCCGAUCGUCAACGUGGUGGUGAAUGACAUUGCCGCCGGGCUGGCGAACGCUGUUGCAGCGGCCGUCGCGGACGCCGUCACGGUGGCAACGAUUGGUAGAAACCUGAUCAUGGCAACGACGGCAGCCGCCGCCCCGCCAUCCGCUGGCAACCGGCAUCAUCAUCACAAUGCCCGCACCAACGCCACCACCAACACUAACGGCGGAGGCACCGCGCUCAACUCGUACUCACAGCUGCGCCAACAGCUCGAAAUGGGCUCUUCGGCCGCCGUUGUUGGCGGGGGUGUCGGCAAAGGUGUUGCUGGACCGCAUCAACAUCAUCAUCGUCACCAUCAUCAGGCAUCCUCGCAGCAGCAGCAGCAGCAGCAACACAGUCAUCUGAAGCAAUUUCUUAGCGCCGGUGUUGGAGCCGCUGGAGGUGGUGGUGUGGGUGGUGUAAUGGUGGCUACUGCUGGCGGUGCCGGCAACCAGCACCCUGGUGGUGCAGCACAGCAACACCACCACCAUCAUCACCAUCACCAUCACGUACAUUCGCAGUCGAGAAGGCACGCUGCCGGAGGUAGUAGCAGUGGGGCCGUCGCUGGUGGCAGCACUGCUUCAUCCAGUGGGGGUAGUGUCGCAGCUGCUAACAGCGCCACCUCGCAGCCGGAAGUCGUCGUCACCAUCCAUGACAGCAGCAACGGCAGCAACGGCAGCAGCAGCAGCGGCAGCGGCAACGGUCGUAACAAUAAUCGCUCCACGAAUGCGAUCGUCGAUGCCAACUCAAACCAUCAUCACCACCAUCAUCGAUGGUAGGAAAGGGAAGAGUUGCUGAGCAGGUGGUGGCGCCUGGUGUAGGAGAUGCGGGCUGUGGAAGGGUAGAUCUAACAGCAAAACAACGCUUAAUGCAAAACAGGAGGAUAAUGUACGUUGCACAGUUUAAGAUUAGUGGUGAGAAGGAGUCAGAUGGGCCAGACCAUAGCUGUGCGUGUCCGUGUGCGUCCGCGUGUGUGUGUCCGUGUGUGUGUCUGUCCAUGUAGUGUGUAGUAGAAUGGCAUAGAAAUAGUAGUAAUAUUUGAUAAAACAGUAAAACAAAAGCAAACAGCCAACACAAGUAUAUGUGUGUGUGUUCGUGUGUGUUAGUGUGUGUGCCGCGUGUAGUGAAGAUUGGCAAAGGACAGCGAUUUGGAUGGUUAACACAUCAGGAGGAUUAUAAAGCGCUUUAUGGAUUAUCCAGCACAGUCAGGCGACAUUCUUCUGGUCGUAACCUUUACGCAUCUUUUGUUACAUUACUGACCUUCCUCCUUUCUUCUUUCCACACCGCGUGCAGUGCAAUUGCGUACAUGCUUCCAUCCCCACCUGGUUCUCUCAUUCCAAUGCACACUUUUGCACACACACACACGCGCGCGCACGCGGCCGAUUAAUUGAUUCUCUGUUGCUGCGAAAACGCCAACAGUUUUUCUCUUUCUUUCGCUUCACAAUGCAAAGCGCAGCAUACACGCACGCUCACUCACAUACGGACACGGUUUUAGUGUGUUCUUCCGUACUGCGCUCCUUCAUCUCUGCAUCUCUUUCGUUUCGAUUCUCCCGCAACCCUUUUGCAUAGGAGCCGGGUUGGCGUGUACUCUGUUGCUCUUGGUAACAGUGACGCACGCAUCCCGGCUGCUCCAAAGCCUUCUACCGCACUACUCGGCAGGUGGUGGUGGGGUGCUAGCCUAGCAACCGACUGGUCCAGCACCUUACCUAAACAGCUGACAUGAUUCUUUUGCUGUUUUUUUUUCAUUUCAAAUUGUUCAAAGCAUAGAUGAAUGUGUAUGUGUGUGUGUGACACUCAACACAUCACCUCCCCUUUCGCGCAGAGUUAAAAAUAAUUUAUGCAAUGUGAUAUUUUUUUUUGUCGUCUGUACGUGUUAGCUAAUAUUAAUUAAUUAGUAAUAUGUGAGAGCAUGUGAAGUGAUGAAGAAAUGAAUCGUAAAGGAGCGGAUUAAACAACAAUCACACACACACAUGCACACGCAUGGCACGUCGUACACAACAGGAAGCCAGCAGAGGAGGGUCCAGAAGAAGAGGAUGAUGAUGAUGAUGAUCACAAAAAAUGAUGGGUUGACAGAGGAUACGAAUUAGAGAUGAUAACGUUUGGACGGCAAUGAUGAUAAUAUGGUAAUGUAAUAGGACGGUGACAGAUGAUGCUGAUGAUGUAAGUAAGGCGAAUGUUCCGGCAGAUUGCGGAUGUCAAGCAAAAGGAACGAAAGGGAUGGGAAGGGCGGGCGUUGUUACAGUAGCAGAACAAAGAAUUGUAGAGUGCAUGUGUUGAGGGAGCAAGGAGGGGGGGGGGGGGUUGGCCAAUGAAAAAGAAGAAGUAGAAGUAGCAGGAUGUUUGGUUAUCGUGCGUGCAUGCGCCUAGAAUGCGCGUGUGCGGAUCAAACCGGAGCGCAGGAAGAACGCGGAUGGUGGAUUAAGAUUGCAUUGCGCGAUGCAAGACAAAGAUGAUGAUUGUAACAAGAAGAGGCCAAGUGUAAUCUAUUUUGCUGAUAAUAAUGCUAAUAAUAAUGAUGAUGAACCUGUUUAAAGGUAACGUUCUGUAAUUGAGCUCUAGAUUUUGCAUGUGUGUGUGUGUGCAAGAUGUAUGUAUGUUUUUUUUUGUAUGAAAGGUUCAUCUGUGGGAAGGGGGCGGCAGUGUAGACCCCACACCUCACGGGAGAGUGAGAAGCAGGGAAAGAAAUUGGGAAAACGAAUUGCAAUGCAGUGCGCGGUGAAAAAAGCAAUCCGCGUGCACGCAAGACGCACACACACAUACUGCUGUGUAGUAGGGUGUUACUAUUUGGUUGUUUUUUAUACACUCUGACGUGUGUGUGUGUGUGUGUGUGUUGGGUCACAUUGGUGUUGUGCCUGCUUGGAUGAACUCCAACGGGUGGAUUUGUGAGCAUGUUGCGCUCCCCCCAGGUGUUGAUCUGUCUUAAUUGUGCUAGGAAGAAGAUGUGUGUCUUUGCCACCAUCGUUCCCCACCCACCCAAACCAUUCGAUCUCUUUUUUUCCUCUUCUCUUUCUCUCUUUCUCUCUCUCUCUCUCUCUAUCUUCAUCCCUCCGUCUACGUCGGGCAAAUGGAAGGAUAGCAUUUUUGAAGGACUGCAUGUGACUCGCUGCUUAGUUGAACGUAGUAAAAUUGGAUGCAAUUGGAAUCCUAUUGGAUGUAGCGUGCAUUUUUCUUAUUGCAUAAUAGUGAAUGAGAAAGAAGCAACACGUGCGCGGACAAAGCAUGUUUUUUUUCGGCUGGGUAUGAUUUUUGAAGCUUACCUCAAACCAACCACACACACACAUCCGCAUAUGCACAUAGAAAAAGGAAAAUUAAAAAAGUGUUUGGAAAUAGAAGAAAAACUACAGCCAUUCUUCCGAUGUACAUUUUUUCCUUAUACCGUGUGUGGUCUCCCCCCCACUCUUUACAAUGUGUAAUGAAGGGAUGGAGGGGCUGCAACUUUCGUUCGAUCCUCUUAUUAUUAUUUUUUCCAUCCGUUCUUUGUCUUCUAUUCAUUAAGGAUUGUGUUUUUUUACGUUCUUUCAAUUAAGAUUCAAUUCACUGUGAAGAGAAUAGUUGUAGUAAUAGUAGUUGAUAAAAUGUGUGUGUGUGUGUAUGUGGAUUGACUUGUGUAAAAAAGAGAAUCGGGAAGAUAAAUGGGUGGGUGGGUUGGUUUGUACGAGCCGCCGGGCAAUGUAAGAGAAAACAAACGUUUUUGUUUUGUUCGUUUAAACGCAAAAUGAAGGGAAGGGGAGACAUGAUAAAGAUGCAGUGUAAACACACUGACACACACACACACAAAAUAAACAAAGCUUACAAUAAGUGAAACGAUUACAACCUAAUGUGCAUAUUUACAUUUACAUACACUCGUAGCAAUUGAUGAUAAUGCUGAGAAUAGGACGAAACGGAACAGGAUACGAAGAAAGGAAAAAGGGUGAGAGGGGAGUGGUGGUCUUGGACUGUAGACGAUUGAUUGAUACGAGAGAGGGAGAGAGAGAGGGAAUGUGAUUGGAUUUAGUGGGUGUGGAAUGUGGAACAAUCAAAGAACGAAGGACAAAACGAUGGUUUUGGUUGGUGGCUGGCGUGGCCCAUUCGUUGUUGUACGGUCUCAAUCAAAACGGGUCAUUUUCUUCAACUCAAACGUAACACACCAUCAACAUGCACAC